AUGAAGUUCAAUUCGUUUGAAGAUUUGUUGAGCUAUUAUGAACAUUAUGCUAAAACAUGCGGGUUUGGGGUGAUGACACAAAGGAGUGAGAGGUUAGAGGAUCAAAGUAUCAGAUAUGUCACUCUUGGUUGUUCACGAGAAGGGAAGGCCCGUAAUAAGAGUUCCAUUGUCACCAAUCCACGUCUGAUGGAAAAAACGGACUGUAAGGCAAGGACUAAUGCCUUAAGAAUUGAGGGAAAGAUGCGAUUGACUACAGUCCAUAAUACACAUAAUCACGAUCUCAGUCCAAUGAAAUCCCGCUUCUUUCGAUGUAACAUAGAAGUGAGUGAGUUCGUUAAAAGAGUCAUAGACACAAACGAUUUAGCUGACAUCCGAUUAAAUAAGAGUUACGGAUCUCUUGUCGUUGGCGUAGGUAGCUUUGAGAACCUUCCAUUUUUGAAAAAUGAUUGUCACAAUUACAUCGACAAAGCUCGACAUCUACAACUUGGCGCAGAUGGUGUUGAAGCACUUCGAGAUUAUUUUAUGAAGUACAAGAAUAACGUGUUUUUUGCAUUGAUAGAUUUAGACGAUGACGUGAGGUUAAAGAAUGUUUUUUGGGUAGAUCCACGUAAUCGGGCAGCCUACCAGUAUUUUGGUGAUGCAGUUACAUUCGACACCACAUACUUGAAGAAUAAGUAUGGGAUGCCCUUUGCACCAUUUGUUGGUGUAAACCACCACAGGCAGUCGAUUCUUCUGGGAGCUGGGUUGAUUUCUAGUGAGGACACGGAGACCUUUAUAUGGCUAUUCCAAACCUAG